AAAUUACUAAACAUUGCCGCAAAUGACAUUGGUGGUUGGGCGCUCGCAGCGCCUCCCGUUACUCGAUGAUAACCCACCAACGUCAGAACCGGGAACUACAAUGAAUGUUGCAUGCGACAGUGUCAAGUGAUAUCAAGAAUAAGGUAGCAGAACCUAUCAAGUUAGGCUGCAGUGACUUGCUAUUUAUCCAAAUAAAUCUGCUAAGAAAAUAAUAUUGUUCAAUUUAAAGCUGUUCAAUCUACGUUCCGUGUACUGGCCUUCAACGUUGAACAGUGGUGCAUCAAUUAAGGUGCAUGUGUCCGACGACUAUGAAUCUGACAGUUCUGGUCAGUUUAUUUCAGUCGAUUUCUCUCGAAUCGACCGUAUCGAUGUUGAUUAGAGAAUGACACGAGGCGGUGCUAACUUCAAGUGUAGAAGCAAAGUAUUUUUGUCGUAUGGUGGGCAAUCCCAAGCGACCCGCUCCAGCCUGCGCUGGACUGCUGUCAGUAUUCUGACGCCUCGACAGAUUUUCACUUUUACUUAUGCCACGAGCACAGUCUGUACAAAAAAUCCGACCACCUGCAAUCAGUAGAACGUGAAUACUUCCACGCUAUAUCCUCAGCUCAAUUCUCACGCUGCCUUCCAUACUGUAACCCUGAAACGUUUCCAUCGCAAUAAUGAUUUUCGAAAAGAGAUUCCUCAACGUGAUGGUCCUCAGCUGGGGCUUUAUGUUGGUGUUUACAGCCUUUCAAACUAUGGGUAAUAUCGAGAAAACGGUUCUGGAAAGUAUAUCCCAGGACGAUCCGUCCUUUUCCGGGGAUGGAUAUACCAGCUUGGCCAUCAUCUACGCAGUCUUCGCCACCUGCAAUUGGUUAGCACCAUCUUACAUCUCAAUGACUGGUCCAAGAACAGCAAUCUUGACCGGUUGCUGCUGCUACAUCUUCUUCAUAGGGUCCUUCCUCUGGCCGCAUACAGUUCUGCUCUACGUGGCUUCGGCUGUCCUUGGCAUUGGUGCAGCUCUGAUAUGGACUGGACAUGGACAGUACCUCACGGAAAACAGCGACAGCGAGACAAUGUCCAGGAACGCUGGAAUAUUUUGGGCCAUCUUCCAGUCCUCCCUGUUCAUUGGAAAUCUUUUCGUUUACUUCAUGUUUACCGGGCCGACUAUAAAGGCAUCCACCAGGAACCUUGUUUUCUGGGUUUUAACGGUACUCUCAACAAUAGGAACUGCUCUUCUAGCUACCCUUAGAAAAGCGCCACGUAAAUUAGCCCUUGGAGAAGCCGAAGGAGUUUCCAGUGCAGAUAAGGAACUUCAGAUACCUGAGCCAAUGCGCGAGAGGCCCUUGAGCGCUGCCUGGCACGCUCUGCGGGAUGCUUUUAAGCUCUUCUUCACGAGGCGUAUGCUUCUCUUUGCUCUCACAUUUCUGUACACAGGCGUAGUACUGACUUUCGCCUCGGGAGUCUAUUCCCCGAGCAUUGGAUUCACAAAAGCCAUUGGGAAGAAUUCGAAAAGCCUAGUGGGUCUCUCAGGCAUUUGCAUUGGUAUCGGUGAGGUCGUUGGUGGUGCUCUUUUCGGAAUUUUGGCCUCGAAAACUGGCAAAUACGGCCGCUAUCCGAUCGUCCUAAUUGGUUUCAUUGUCCAUACUUUCGCCUUUGUCACAAUUUAUCUUAAUUUACCGAAUGACGCCCCAUUUCAGGAUACCGAUAACGUUGGCUACAUCAAUCCGCCCUCUGCCGCCCUCGCAAUGGUCGGCUCCACAGCCUUAGGGUUUGGCGAUGCCUGUUUCAAUACUCAGGUUUACUCUCUCCUUGGUAUACUUUACUCUACAGAUAGCGCCCCGGCUUUCGCUCUCUUCAAAUUUUGUCAAUCCGUUGCUGCUGCGCUCAGUUUCUUAUACAGCAGCCACCUUGGAUUGCACACCCAAUUGUGCAUCCUUAUGAUAGCGAUGUUCAUGGGCACAGUGGCCUUCUGCCUAGUCGAAUAUCGAUAUAGGAAAUCGUCAAAUACGGAUUCUCCGGAGGUCGACCCCGCACUCGUGGACGUCAAUAGCGGUGAGGAGUAAUUUUUAACAGAACUUGGUUGGUCUCUCCACAUGUCCAUUCCCUAAUGAAAAUUGUAUUGAGCCAGAUUUUCGGUAUUCGCCAAUGUCUAUUGUGACAUUUUAUAAUACCCUUCAUUAUACCCUAAAAACUAUAGUGAAUAUAAGAAACUAAUCUGGAGCUGCGCGCUGUCAUCUACUCCACAUUCCACCCCCUCUGCACCCUUCAUGGAGACUAAUUGCUCAUGGAAUGCCUAUGGAAGCCACUUCGGUAUCGCGUCGUUCAGGCUCUCAAGUCUAUAUCUUCAAAGGGUCACCAUAUUGUCCAUUGGACCAUUGCUCUUCCAUUAUACAGAUUACUUUCUACGCAAUAGGACCGCUUGUCGAUGAGUCAUAUUUGUGUGUAUAUAUAUAUAUAUAUAUAAAUGGCCGUUGACAGUGUAUUGACAGUGUUAACCCAAGUAGCAAUUUUUUCGAUGUUACAUAUGUCAGCCAAAAAGGCUUUAUAAAGAUAUUAGACGUAUUAGUCGGCUUAGAUUACAGAUAACUUUCUAGCGGACAUAUGUAACCCAUUUGGAUGACUUUUUCAUAACAUCGAAAAAAUAGUUACCUGGAAAUUCUCUGGCAUUCAUGACGCUGAGACAAGCUAAUUGAACGGCCAUUUGUACAGAUUUUAAGUAUUAUCUAAAAUUAUUCGCCGAGAGAAAACAAUAUUAAUGUUAAUGCUGAAUAAAUUUAUACAUGGUUUUUACUGUUA